CGCGUGUUGAUCAGCUGAUCACACGGAGGAGAGCAGCCACGGGAUAGACGCUCACAGGGACGCUUUAAAACGCCUUAAAUUACUAUAUUGUGAUCUCCGGUCGUGGUGUUGGUGUGAGCGCUAGAAAAGGAUCAUGGGGGAGCUGUUCCGCAGCGAGGAGAUGACUCUGGCCCAGCUCUUCCUGCAGUCCGAGUCGGCCUACUGCUGCGUCAGCGAGCUGGGGGAGAUCGGCAUGGUGCAGUUCAGAGACCUGAACCCUGACGUGAACGUCUUCCAGAGGAAGUUUGUGAAUGAAGUGCGCCGUUGUGAAGAAAUGGACCGCAAAUUGCGGUUUGUUGAGAAGGAGAUAAAGAAGGCAAAUAUACCCAUUGUCGACACAGGAGAGAACCCUGAUGUCCCUUUCCCACGAGAUAUGAUUGACUUAGAGGCCACGUUUGAGAAGCUGGAGAUCGAGUUGAAGGAGAUCAACACUAACCAGGAAGCCCUGAAGAAGAACUUUCUGGAACUGACCGAGCUCAAACACAUCCUCAGACGCACACAGCAGUUCUUUGAUGAGCUGGAGGACCCUGCCCUGCUGGAGGAAUCGUCCAUUCUGCUGGACCCGACCGAGGUCGUCCGAGCUCCCCUCAGGCUUGGCACAACUCUAAUCCCCGCUCUCAGCUUCGUGGCGGGCGUGAUUGGUCGAGAGAGGAUUCCCACCUUUGAGAGGAUGCUGUGGAGAGUCUGUCGAGGCAACGUGUUCCUGCGCCAAGCAGACAUCGAGGACCCCCUAGAGGACCCCACUACAGGUGACCAGGUGCACAAGUCGGUGUUUAUUAUCUUUUUCCAGGGAGAUCAGCUGAAGAAUAGGGUGAAGAAGAUCUGUGAAGGAUUUCGGGCUACACUAUACCCCUGUCCCGAGACUCCACAAGAGAGAAAAGAAAUGGCAGCAGGAGUCAAUACUCGUAUAGAAGAUCUCCAAAUGGUGCUGAAUCAGACAGAGGAUCACAGACAGCGCGUCCUGCAAGCCGCUGCCAAGACGCUACGAGUGUGGUUCAUCAAAGUGAGAAAGAUGAAGGCUAUCUACCACACCCUCAAUCUCUGCAACAUUGACGUGACCCAGAAGUGUCUGAUCGCUGAAAUCUGGUGUCCCUUGUCUGAUUUGGACUCCAUUCAGCUCGCUCUGAGGAGAGGCACGGAGAAAAGUGGUUCCACCGUUCCCUCCAUCCUGAACAGGAUGCAGACCAAACAGACCCCGCCCACCUAUAACAAAACCAACAAGUUUACGUCAGGCUUCCAGAACAUCGUGGACGCAUAUGGUAUCGGCAACUACCGAGAAAUGAACCCAGCACCCUACACUAUCAUCACCUUCCCCUUCCUGUUCGCCGUCAUGUUCGGGGAUCUGGGCCACGGCAUACUCAUGACCUGCGCCGCCCUUUAUCUGGUCCUGCGAGAGAGGCGGCUCAGCGCCCAGAAAAAUGACAACGAGAUGUUCAGCAUGGUGUUUUCAGGACGUUACAUUAUUCUACUGAUGGGACUAUUCUCCAUGUACACCGGGAUCAUCUAUAAUGACUGCUUCUCCAAAUCGCUCAACGUGUUUGGCUCCGGCUGGAGCGUGCGGCACAUGUUCAAGGACGGCAACUGGACGAUGGAGGAUCUGAAUGAGCACAGACUGUUGCAGAUGGACCCCGCCGUGCCAGGAGUGUUUGGGGGACCCUACCCCAUCGGCAUCGACCCGAUCUGGAACAUAGCCGCGAACAAGCUGACGUUCCUGAACUCCUAUAAGAUGAAGAUGUCUAUAAUCUUAGGAGUUACUCACAUGCUCUUCGGAGUCACUCUCAGCCUCUUUAACCACAUCUACUUUAAGAAACCUCUAAACAUCUCGCUGGGCUUCAUCCCUGAGAUCAUCUUCAUGAGCAGCCUGUUCGGUUACCUGGUGCUGCUGGUGUUCUACAAGUGGACCGCCUACGACGCUAAAACCUCUAAGGAAGCUCCCAGCCUCCUCAUCACCUUCAUCAACAUGUGCCUCUUCAAUUAUAACGACCCUACGAUCAAACCGCUCUAUAGAGGACAGAUGGUGAUCCAGUGCCUGUUGGUGGUGAUCGCUCUUUUGUGCGUGCCCUGUAUGCUCAUAGUGAAGACGCUGGUUCUGCGCAGACAGUACCUCUGGAGGAAGCACCUGGGCACGCAGAACUUCGGGGGAAUCCGGGUGGGCAACGGCCCUACAGACGACGAGGCCGAGAUCAUCCAGCAUGAUCAGCUCUCACAGAACCUGGAGGAAGAGCCAGAGCAGACAGAAGAGGAAGUGUUCAAUUUUUCAGAUGUAGCAGUGAAUCAGGCCAUUCACACCAUAGAGUACUGCCUAGGCUGCAUCUCUAACACAGCCUCCUACUUGCGCCUGUGGGCCCUGAGCCUAGCCCAUGCACAGCUGUCAGAGGUCUUGUGGUCCAUGGUGAUGCACAUCGGAUUCUCAGUUGGAAAUUUCGCCGGCUUCUUUGUCCUGGUUUUUAUAUUUGCCGUCUUCGCCACACUGACGGUGUUCAUCUUACUUAUAAUGGAAGGUCUGUCUGCUUUCCUGCACGCCCUCCGACUGCACUGGGUGGAGUUUCAAAAUAAGUUCUACUCAGGUCAGGGCUUCAAGUUCAUGCCCUUUACCUUCGACUGCAUCCUGGAAGGAAAGUUUGAUGAGUGAACAUCCUCCGCUUUCUCAGCCUUCCUCCACCAUGACACACAGAACCCCAUCACUAAAAGCGCCAGCCAGAGUUACAGUGAUAAGUCAAAGAGAUAUGAGCUCCAUCAGUCAUGCAUAGCUCAGGCGAAAAACAAUUACGAGCGCUACAAAUCCGUGCAUUAUGCUAAUUCCGCUUUCUAAUUUAAAUUCCAUAAUUUAUGUUAUUGUGUUUUUUUUUUUUUGUUAAGAUGUGAAAUGCCUUCAUGAAUAAGCUAGAACGCUUGUUGAGGAAUAUUUAAAUAAUGUCGUUGUGUUUGUCUUAUAAUCAGUACGUCGUGCCGACUGUUCCGUGUGGAUUUCUGGCCUCAGUCUGAUUUCACUACCAUGUUUCUCUCUGUUAUCAUCGUUGUGCUUAUUUGUGUACUUCCCUAUCUGUUUGGGUUGCAACAGACAUUUCUCAACCUCUCACGCCUCCUCCUUUUCCUCUUCCUGUCUUUUUGUGACAGGGACUGGAUGCUAAAUUUCAUGACCUUUAAAAUGACCUUUUAUUAUUAUAAUUUUUUUUUCAAAUGUUUACAUCUAUUUAUGUUUUACAUGGUGAACUUGUACUUUUCUUUAUUAUUUGUAAAUAUAUACAACAUAUCUGAAAUUAUAAAUCCAUGUAUAUUUCAUGAAGUUGGUUCCACGGGCUAUUAGUGAUUUGGUUGUAUAUUAGGAAACUUUAUUAAAAAAAAUAAAUUAGGUUAUAAUUCUGACCCAUGUUUUUUCUUUCUAGUUGUAUACUGUACUUUGUUUCUGAACAUCCGCAGUAAUCUACAGAAGUCAGUUUUAAUAAGUUAAAAAGAUAAAUCAGUCUCAUUGUGUGUCAUUUUGUUGUCGACCGAAUCUCGUAGCUCUUGCAGGCAGAGCGAAACUCAGCAGGAAUUUGCAAUGUCAUAUUUGGCAAAGGUAAUUGAUUUAGAUGUUGUGUAUGUUUGUCAAUAAAAGGCGAGGCUGGGAAAUUC